AGAAGGAGGCUAUGUCCGGGAAAUGACGUCACAUACAUAGAUCUAAAGUCCGAAAACAGGCACAACCGGUCAUCAGAAGAUUACCACUACAGACUGGUAGAAUCUCAGUUCAACAGGUAUCUGUCAAGAGACAUGGGGAAUAGGCACAUUUUUCAAAUAACAAAACUGGAAUAUGUGGUGAAUCCUGACCUAAUGAAAGUUUUCAACGCGGCCCAGGCGCGGAUGCCGAAACAACAAGCUGUCCUUGCUUUUUGUGGAGCUGCAAAAGAAAAUAUAAAAAUCAUCUGUCAAAAAGGAUUUCAGCAACAAUGGGACAGAAAAACCGUCACAGUCAGUGAAUAUCCUCGAUUUGCAAUGCAGUCCAUGCAGAAAUCCAAUCUGUUGCUCAUAUGCAAAGUCUUCAGAGGAACGGGACAGAACAUAUACUCGGGGACAGAUAAGCCUGGCUCCUACUCCCUCGUAUAUUCCCGCGACAAGGCACUUGUCCUGCGCAAAGAAGACUUCAUACUUCCAUGUUAUAUUGUACACUUCAACAUCUGCAAGAGUUUCCGACUGAAAGAAGAUCCGGGGAAUGUGCUGGAAUCUGCAGAUUCGCUGGUCCGUCCCGCUGUGGUACAAUCGUUUUCCGGAACUAAACAAGCUGCACUGCCAGCUGGAGCGACACAAGCUGGUGGAAUGUCAACUGUAUCGGUUCCAAAGAUGGGCCUUUUGAUGAAGAGUGAAGCAGUGGAACUGAUAGUUGGUGACAUGUCACAUCAAAAGGUUGAUGCGAUUGUGAGCAUAAUUGGAUCUGAUGGGAAGUUUCUGCCUGGAAGUGUUCCAUCCCUGGAAACAGGGGGGCAGGAGUUGCAGGAGGAACUCACCAAGGCCUUUGCGGCCGGACGUCAAGUCGGUGAGGUAGUUCGAACCAAAGGACGGCCACUCCAAUGUCAGAGAUUGUUCCAUGUUGUGUUGAAGCAGUGGAUGAAUCCGAACGAUGCCGCUGAGAAGAUUCUUAAAACAGUUGUCACCAAUUGUCUGGAGAUGGCGUCAAAGAGACAAUUUAAGACCAUUGCUUUCCCUGCACUUGGAUCUGGGGUGCACAGAUUCCCUGGGGCGCGAUCUGCCGACAUUAUGUUUAAGGCCGUGGAAAGUUAUCUACAGAAGCAUGAAGGCACAUCUAUAUCAUCAGUCAAAAUUGUCUUAGAACCAUCAUGUGACGUCUUGCUGAGAAAGGACUUUGAAGGGAGGAUGGGUAAACGGACAGUUGUGCAUGAGAAUACAAUGAGCAAGGAAGUGGUGUUGAAGAAACAAGUUGGAACCAGUAAAGUGCUGACCGUAAGGGCAAUAGUUGGUGACUUAUCAAAACUUACGGACGAUGUCGUGGUAAACACCACACAAACUGACCUUGACCUGUCCGUUGGUGCCGUGUCCAAUUCUCUUGUGAGUGCUGGAGGUCCAGUGCUGCAGACCGAGUGCACACAGCAGCACCCUCAGGGGGUCAAACCAGGUACUGUUGUCCAGACUCAGGCUGGGACACUCAAGUGCAAGAAGGUCUUCCACACAGUGCUGGAGGAGUGGGGAAAGAAGGGCGACAAAACAGAGAAGUCCUUUGUCUCAGUCGUUACUACCUGCCUACAAGAAGCCUCGAGACACAACUUCAAGUCCAUCGCUUUCCCUGUUCUCGGGACAGGCUAUGCUGGCUACCCACCAGAGACGUCAGCAAGGCUGAUGAUGAAGGCAAUCGUGGACUUUGUGAACACUCCUGCCAAAACAUCACUGGAAGUUGUCUCAAUUGUUGUGCACUACAAGGAUGACGCCAUCAGAAAGAUUUUGGAAUCACAAGUUGAAGAGAGUGAACGGCUGAUGAACAUGGCCAAGUAUAUUGUUAAAGGAGAUGGAUCCCGGGUUGCAGUGACUGGAGAUACCCAUGUUGUGGCUGGUCAUGUGGUCAUCCAGAAGGAUCUCGUCAGUGCGGCAUCUUACGUCCCUGGAGAAAAGCAAGCACUUGGUGGAAAUGAAGUGAAACAUUUUGAGCUGAGACCGGAACAUCUUUUCAACAUGACGCCAGAAAACUACCACUUUAGGCUGGUGGAAUCUCAGUUCUAUAGGUACCUCAUGAAGGACACUGUCAAUCGGCAUAUUUUUCAACUCACCAAAGUGGAAUACGUCGUGAACCCCGUGCAGGUGAAAAUGUUCAGGGCGGCCCAGGAGAGAAUGUCCCUUAAAGACGCUUCAUACGGCCUUCCUGUUCUUUGUUUUCAUGGGACGUCUGAGGACAACAUAAAGAGUAUUUGUAAGGAAGGAUUCCGUCAGCCUGACCACCCCUACUUCGACGAGACAACUGACGUGGGUUGGUACGGGAACGGUAUCUACUUCAGUGAAUACCCUCGGUUUGCGAUGAAUUACAUGCAGAAGACCAGCAAGUUAAUCAUGUGCCAAGUCCUGAAGGGGAAGACCUUUAGGUGUCCGAAGUUAAAACUUGGAGCCCCAAAAGAGCCCGGAUACGACUGUCAUGUAGACCCGUAUGGCAAGGAAAUUGUGAUAUACGAGGAGGACUGCAUUCUUCCUUGCUAUAUUUUGCAUUUCGACAUCUGCAAGAGAUUCAAGUUCAAAGAAGACAAGGAAUCCGCUAACGACAACGAUGACACUGCCCUCGAGUACCUGAACGAAAUGGAAAUGCACAAAGGAGAGCAGUGCCCUGGCUUCUGAACACACGUGGUGGUCUCGAUCAUGUAGAUUGGAUCUCUGUUGUUGCAGGCGAACUAAACUCUUAAUGCUUGCAAACUGUCUGAUAUUGUAUUAUCUUUGACUAUAUAAUGUAGUGCUAAUAAGCAUUCGCAUAAUGAAUACAUCUUGCUGGACACAUGUGAAUAAAUGUUUAGCAAUAAAUAUUUAUGAAUUGCGACACUUAAUGGACAGGACUACUUCCAUUAUUGACAUGAAAUAUUAUGGAUUGUGAUGUCUUACGAGUGUCAUCAACCCACAGAAUGCUCAGGGGUUUUCUCUUUAUCAACAAAUAUAUAGUUCGAAUUUGAAACAAAAUUAUGUGAAAAAGGUUCAAAGAUGUCAGAUACUAAUGUAUGAGGACCAUAUGGUGAUGUAGCCUAGAGACUUUUAGUCACUGACUGAUUCGAAGUCCCCUGUUAGUAGUUCAAAACACGAAGGUUGCGGGGAUAUAAUUCUGACCUCCAUUCAUCACAUCCAGUUAAGGGCAGGGUUCUCAGCAAAAGUUUAGGUUGAAAGAGAACAUAUUUGCAAACAACGUUUUGAGAGGGACAUGUUGAUCAAACGUUUAUUUUUGACAAUUCUAUCGCUCUUGUGUAAUACACAUGUUGAUUAAGUUGUUCACUUAACAUUGUACAGAUACAUAUACUUAUGUAUAUUACUUCUUCAUUAUUUGGACAGUGGGGACAGAUUCUGCUGGGAAUCAGUGCAGUUGACACACUAUAUAUAAUAUUAUUUAUCAACUUUGAAAAAAGACAUCGACAAUUGUAAUUUUGAUAUUUUACAAAGGUAUUGUCCUCGUUUAAUUUUCUUUUCUAGUUGCACAAAUGAAGGAUGUAUUCAUUUCAUCUGCAAAAGAGUAUAAUAUAUAUCCUUGAAAGAUCAUUUGUUUACAACUGAAUCUUGCAAUGGCGACAAAGUGUAUGGAUCACG